AUAUGUUUUAAUUUAACGCCUUUGAGAGAAGUGAGAAAGGCCAAUUACACCUUCGGGAAGCGAUAAAAAGCGAUUUCGCAGCCCAUAGGAUCUAGGUGCUAUGACGUAAUUCGUGAUUGUUUUGGUUAAUAUUACGGGAUGGACAAUGAAUGAAAUUCGAAUUCCCUCGGGCCGAGUAAAUAUUGAAUUUCCAGCCGAGACGGCAAUGGACGUAAAUGGAGAGAUGGCUGAAGCACUGUCCACGGUGGAAAACAGCGACAAUUCACCGCCAGUUGAUGGCAUUUUCGCUGCCGAAUGUAUCUUGAAAAAACGAACCCGAAAGGUAAGAAAUCUGCUGUCGAAACCGUAUCAUAUUUGUGUUGAUUUUCGCCAGAAGUGCUUCCCUAAAUGUGAAUUUUCUGCCUGUGUUUUUUUGACAGGGUAAAAUCGAGUACUUGGUGAAGUGGAAGGGAUGGUCUGCAAAGUAAGAACAAUUUUGCAUCGACAGUAAAAUUAUUUUACAGCUACAGAAUGAUAAGAAUAUUUUGUUGAAUUUUACAGACACAACACCUGGGAGCCGGCCGAUAAUAUCCUUGACGCUCGACUGCUUUUGGCGUAUGAAAACAGGUAGAGUCAGAGCGUGAACGAGAAUGUCGUAAUUUCAGAGCUUUCCAUCUGAUUAUGCAGCGCUUAGAGUUUCGCAUCUGGAUGACGCGUUUGGUUUUUAUUUGCAUCUUUUAAAAUUUUAGCCGAAGACGAAGAGGAAAACGCUCAAGGUGGCAGCGAGGGAUUGCAACAACUUCUAACAAAAAGCCGAGAAUCGAAACGGUUAGUGUUGACGUCUCUUUGUAUGGAAGAAUAUUGCAAUUUAAAUACGUUAAACGUCGAUUGCGACAACUCGCGCGCCAAAAAACAUCGUAAAAUAAACGUUGUGGCCAGAUCAAGCAUGUUUUAAGUUGUCAUUGUCCAAUGUAGAAAUAUUAUUUACGAUACUUGUUUGUAAUUUCAGGGUCCAAAUUUCCUCAUGAGAGGCGAUGCGAAUUCACUGGAUUGGGAUGGCAUUGAAGACGAAGACUGCAGAGGAAGCUUGCAUGAAAGCGACAGCAGUGAUUCUAGUUUUGUUGGUGAUGAUGCUGCAAGCAACGAAUUUGAAUUCAAUGGCACUGAAGUUAAUCCGCCAGCGUGUUUGCAUUCUCCACAUCAAGUUCUUGGCCCGGAUUUAAGUUUAUCAAGCUCGGAUGCAGCACCGCGCUUACAGAGCACCCAAACAGGAAAACCUCUGGGAAACCACAAAAUGACAACACUCAACGUUAAUGACGCGGGAAGUUCUCGGGAAAAAUACACCAAUGAUUCCAACUCUGAGCUUCCGAAUGGGCCGAUUUCUGGAGAAGUAAAGGAGGAUUUCUCCCUGAGCAAAGCUGCUAUCCCUCAGGAGACGAAAUUAAAGAUCAAUUCGGAAGGAUUAAACGGUAAUGAUGAAAAAGGCUCUCUCUGGGGUAGUACAUCCGGUAAACCAUGGCGUGAAGCCGUGAAAGUUCCCGAUAAGAUUUAUCUCGACUCAGCAGAACGUGAAAUCACGAAAACAGCUUCACAGAUACGUCGAGAUGGCAUAAGCGAUGCUGAAACUGGCAGCAACGGGGAAUUGAAACAAAUGACAAUGAAAAUGAACGGCGAGAACUUUGUCAAUGCAUGCUCCGUUACGGCGGACUUUGACAAAGGCAACCACGCAAAAUCUAGCAAGUCAGGCAAAAUUUUUCGCGGUGAAGGCGGCCAGAAUCAGACUGCUACAGCCAUCAGUGGCUCCGAUGGAUUUUAUAGAAGUUUUCCAUCGCAAAAUAAACAGCGCCGAAACGGAGAGUUGCUUGUCUCGGAGAUGACGGAAAAUACAUAUGCUUCUCGCGCUUGCCUACCAAGCGAGAAUGAACACUCCACAAAAUCUACGCCAAUUGAAAGCUGGAGGAAGCCUUUGAUUGACCAGAUCUUCAUUACUGAUGUAACAUCAAACUUUGUUACAGUUACGGUGAAAGAGUGUUUAACUGAUAAAGGGUUCUUUCGGCAAAGGUGAAACGCAGAUAUCAUGAAUCCGCUUGUCAGCUAAAACUACUACCAGCCAGCGAGAGUUUCAUUUCCCAGUGCAUCUGUUCACAGACGUGGAUGUGUAUACAGUUGUCAACAAUUUUACGGUCGCUUGAUGACCUUUGCGCCAUGCUAAUGGAUCAUUUGAGCAUGGAUUGAGCGUUCUUACAUUCAGUUCGUUACCUUACAAUAGGCUAGAAGAGUAAAAACAACGAAACCUUUGCAACAUCUUUGACGUCGCGUGUCGUAACUGUUCCGAAAUUGACUAGAUUCAUUCCCACGGUAGCUUUGAAGUUGUACGAGUUCAUUGUUGGGUUUUUCUGUUGGAUUUGUGGUUGUCGUUUUGAUUAAAUCUAACUUAUAAAGCAAGCAUCAAUGCUUAAAUCAAAACAUAGGGGCCACGAUUAAACACAUAUGCGAUGUCUGCCAGCUUAUUGAAACAUCGGGAAAUCAACAACCACGUCUUCUCGAGACCCCACAAAAAAACAAAUUGUGUUAGAUCAAACUACAGGUAAACUGAAAGUUUAGUUGCAAAUUCUAGAACGCUGUAAAUAAAACUGUUCUCCCGCUGGCACGAGCUCUCUGUCGUCGAUGCUCACAAAGGAUCCGAACUGUGAGCAAACUAAGUUGUUCUCAUUUACAUCAACCAGCAGAAAUAUGGGGAGAAAAUGUUGAGAUCUUUUCCAUAAAGCAAAGUUUUAUCCUUAGUCCACUACAGUUCACACAUACGUGUUUGGAGUGAACAUUGUUUGUUAAGCCACGAAGCUGGCAUUAUGAGUUUUUUUUAUUAAAAACAUAGGAUAAACCAGCAAAGAAAAACGGCGAAAAAUUAAAGUAGCGUAUAUGAUCUUAGCUUCGCGAAUGAAGACUUGAAAUCGUCAUUGACAGCGUUAUUAAAAACGCCAUACUUUGUAAUGAAAACAAGUAAAUUGAAGAUUGUUAGAUAUUUCCAGAAUGCACUUAAUCCUCGAUUUGAAAUCUUACGAAUUUUUUGAUAAGCCAUACAGAAUUAUUCGAUACGUGUCUUGUUGAAUAUUUCAGUCGGGGAGAUUAAAUAAAACUGCCUACAUGUGUGGGCGCUAUGUGUAGGUCCAAAGCGGCCGUUGAGUUAAAGUUGUGUACAGAAGAUGUGUAUUAACCGAAAUAAAAGUUAACAUUAAAUGCU